AUGAAAUGGAAGGCCAAUGGUAAAAAUAUCGGGGAGCUUGUGAUCGGAGAACAGGAAAGUGACGGUCUCGAUCAAUUAAAAUUUCCCACGGAUGUGCUCAUCGAUGAACAAUCGGGUGACAUGUUUGUCGCUGACUGUGGGAAUAACAGGAUACUCCACUUCUCAGCUGGCUGUCGAGAGGGAAGAAUGAUAGGUGGUGGUGGUCGAUUGAACCGCCCCUGGUCUUUGGCAUUAGACAUCGAGGGCAAUUUGUAUGUCACUGAGAUAGGUGGUGAUAGAGUUCUUAUGUUUUCUCGUCUUUGA